CCGCCUCUAUUCACCUUCCAUCCAAUUGGCUGAACGGUAGCUUUGUUGUUGAAGAGAGAGACACCUGACUUCCUGGGAAGAGCAGGAUAAUUCUGGAAACACAGAAGUUAAUAUUUCAACCGAAGAAGAUGGAGGUGGAGCAGCUGCUCUCUCUCUCUGGCUCAGCUCUGGCUCAAGCGAUCAGUGCCCUGCUGGAAACUCCAGGCCUUUAUGUAUUCUCUGACAUCCUGGAGCUUCCCAACGUCAGAGAGCUGGAGACAGGUCCUCACGCACCAGUGUAUCAGUUACUCAACCUUUUUGCCUAUGGGACAUACUGCGACUACAAAGAGAGAGCGGCGUCUCUCCCAGAGUUAACCCCCGCACAGAAAAACAAACUCCGCCACCUGUCAAUCAUCAGCCUGGCUUCCACCCUCAAGUGCCUGCCCUACUCACUGCUCCUGCAGCAGCUGGAGCUGAAGAACGUGCGGGAGCUGGAGGACCUGCUCAUCGAAGCAGUCUACUGUGACAUCAUCCAGGGCAAGCUGGACCAGCGCAACCAGCAGGUGGAAGUAGACUGCAGCGUGGGCAGAGACCUGGGGCCCAAUGAGCUGCCCAACAUCGCCAACACGCUGCAGGAAUGGUGUGCAGGCUGUGAGGCUGUGCUGUGUGGGAUUGAAGAGCAAGUGUCCAGAGCCAAUCAGUACAGAGAAAGUCAGCUGAAGGUCAAAGUGCAGGUGGAGACAGAGGUCUCAAACCUCCAAAAAACACUCAAGGCUAGCUCCGCCUCCCCAUCGUCAGGCCCCUCCCCUGCUGGGGCAGCAUCCAAUCAGGAUGCAGACCAACCCACUGAGCCACGUGACCCCGCAUCCUCACAGGAGCCACGGCAACCAGGAAAAAAGAGCUCUAAAGUCAAGGGACUCCGUGGAAGUGGGAAGAUCUGGUCAAAGUCAAACUAAAGAUGGAAACGCUGAGUGGUGGAUGAAGCAGCACUCCACCACGCAGGCGUACAGCUUUACAGACAGAGAGGCUGACCGACGGGCUGAUGGUGUACAUAAGGGGGUCCCAUUAACACAUAGUGUUAGAGUUGGUCCUGUACGGACCUGUACAGACAUGUAUAGAGAGGGGCUGCGUGUGCGUGUGUCUGUCUGUAUGUAUGUCUGCGUGUCUCAGGCCAAUCCCCAGGCAGCGAGUCCUGGCCCAACGUUGCGUGUGUGAUAUUUUAAUUUUUAUUUUCUCAGCGAGUCAUGAGGAAUAUCGAAUUGUGAAAUGUUGACAAUAAAUAGUUCCUUGAACCUCA